AUUGCAGAUCUUUGUUGGCGUUUGUGUUGUUAUUGGGAAAGGACUGCACAUGGCCUAUGGAGGACGUACAAGGGGGUAAAAAUAAGCCCAUUAGUCAUUCCAGCAAGAUUUAAAACAUCGUCACAGUGGAAAUAUGAGUUUAGAAACACUUCUACAAGCAGCUGAGUUUGUGGAGUCGUCAUCUGGGCCAAAUAAGAAGGAAAAUACCUCGAAUCCACGUGGGAACCUUUCUAGCAAUGYUUURGUGGAUAGACGACGAGUUGUCUCGGAAUCUGACGCAAGUGAACGACGUAGAAGACCAGGAGGUGCUGGUACAAGAGAAACUCACAAUAAGCUAGAAAAGAACAGACGAGCACAUUUGAAAGAAUGUUUUGAUAUUCUCAAAAAGCAAGUCCCAACAUUAGAAGAGAAGAAAACCUCCAAUUUGAACAUUCUAAGAAGCGCUCUAAAGUACAUUCAGACAAUGAAAAAACAAGAGCAAGACUAUGUGACUCAGGUUGAUGUUUUAAAAGUCAACAACAAAAGUCUUUUAGAACGCUUAGGUGCUCUCAAAGGAAAAGCGAAAUCGGAGGUAAACGAACAGAGUGCAUCUUCAACAUCUGCAGAGAUAAAACAAUCUUCCCUUUCAAAGAAACCUACCUCUUUACCUUCUGAAAGCCUGGACUCUCGAAUUCUACCCAUCUCGGUUGCAACUCAGACGUCUCCAAACUUGGACAAGGAAGGUGCAMCUMAUUCUUCUGCUGCAGAACUAGAAGAAUCAGGCCGCAAUACUUGUGUUAGCACAAGCAGCACCGAUACYGGGGUUGARGGUGAUGAAUCAGAUAGAAAAAUAUCGAUAUGUGAAGAGGAUGACGAGAAAACUGACACAGACGAGGAUCUAAACGAUGAGGACAAUGACCAAGACAUUGAAAUAGAUGUUGUUGGCCCGGAUGACAGCUCAUCCAGUGAUAGCCUACAAUUAAACGUAGAAARUAAUGAAGGACAAUGUGAAGUCAAUGGUGARAUUGACGAGGAAAAGAAAAAUUUGUCRGGGGAAACAAGAUGUAGAAAUACAGCAAAGUUUAAUCGAAAGAGAUCCAAGUCAGAAGUGAAGUGUGAAGAGGAUUCUGAUUACGAUGAAAACACCAAAGAAGAACCAAAAAGUAAGAUCCAGGCGUGUGCCAGGGUGAGCGUGUAACUUAGACGUCUCUAYAAUUAGCUGGRUUAUUYUUUCUUUGUAUUAGUUAUUUCAAGUCGUAGUCAGUGAAUAGAGCGGUUGGUAGGCACGGUGGUACCCCUUUUAAGCGGUCAGUGACUGGGGUUUUAGUUCCGUAGUGCCUAUUUGAUAUAGGUGCAUCGUUGGCCGCUAAAUAGAGAUUGAGURGAGGGUGACUAGAGAAUUGGAACAUUGGGCCUAAAGAAGGUGACCGCGUAACAGAAGUAYCACUGUUUGAAGGUUAUUGAUUAUUUAAGCWAUGCCCAAUAUAAGGCUGUGCCUUACUUAGGCAUUUUUCCCACGUYUUGAUCUCAUAGCGAAAUUUGUGCCAAGCCUGCAAAUACAGCUGCAGGCCCAUUACUGUAUUCCCAUGAAUUGACCUGUAUUURAAGGUGUCCAGAGCUUAGUCAAGUCACCUUUAUAAUCAUUCACUUUAGGGUAAACGUGAUAAAAAAACUUUGAUUCGUUUACAGUAAAAUAGUAGUUAUAAAACCUCAGCUUACCAUCUUUCCAAUAAUUUUACUCUAGUAACUAUUACUCUAUCGUUAGGUAAUUAAAGUAUUUAGGAAUUUAAAAAUUCUUACAUAAAUAAUAGGAAAAUUUACGUAUCAGUAGAAUUAUGUUGUACUAAAUGGGAAUGUGCUGCCAUUAACAUUGGYUUCGUCACAUUUUACCAGAAUUGCAAGUGAAGUCACAAAACCCCUGAAAAAGAUAUAUUAAAUUAAUACACCUUGGUAGGCUCUAAUUGCAUUGUGUCUUGUGGACUGUCACACUUAAGUCAAUUUCACGGGUUUUAUGAGAUCAUUUUGUUUCGUGAAAAUUCGUUGUUGAUCGAUCAAUGGGAAUCAAAGGAAUUGGCGUAAUUUGGUAAUAUUUUGUUAGUGCUUCUAAUACUUUAGUACUAUUUUCAUGGAGUUAGUGGGCUGGCUCUUAGAAUGGAAAUCUGACUAAUAGAGCGGAUUCCGCGUGACUGCCGUCCAAGAAACACGACACUUGCGUACCGAGAAGAAUUUUUAUAAGGCUUCAUUACCAGGCGAGGUUCCGCGUCGUGUCCGUUSCUUGAUCGGUGGGAUUGCACAGUCAUAUGAAGGCUGCACUACUGCUAAGGGAGGUGCUGUAAAUGUUUAUUUGGCGAAGUCACCAAGCGACUUCAUAUGAUAGCUAUCAGCCAUUUUCAAAUAAUUAGGUUUUUGUUGAGCUGUGAUACUCYCGGUAUUCAGUUUGUUUGCUUUAGUAAUUUUCGUUUAUGACUGAAUUGAGUCGGAAUGUAGUCAUAAAAGAAGAUUUUCGAAAUCUAUUCUGUAUAGCAGCUCAAACGAUAUGUCGGAUAAAAUGAAUUUACUGUAGCUGCACUGACGCCUCCAGUCCGGCUAUAGAUAAUUGAAUGUUAUGUUAACUGGAGUUACGACCGGCAUUGUAAUAGAGUUGGUUUCUGGUAUAGUCUAAAUUUAUAAUAUAGUCCACGCACUAAAUCUUCGAAACAAAGGUACAAGUGACGUCAAAAAACCCCGUGAAAUACGCA